AUGGCCAUAGUUUUGAGGUAUGUCGACAACCGUGGAGUGGUGAAGGAAAGAUUCAUUAGAGUGGUGCACGUGAAGGAUACAUCCUCUUUGACUCUUAAAGUAGCCAUAGAUGACGUUUUUACCCGUAACAAUUUGAGUAUGUCUCAGGUAAGAGGACAAGGUUAUGAUGGCGCAAGCAAUAUGCGAGGUGCAUUUAAUGGUCUAAAAGCUUUGAUUUUAAAAGAUAAUGAUUCAGCACAUUAUGUGCAUUGCUUUACACACCAACUUCAGUUAGUUAUUGUGGGUGUAGAAAAGAAGCAUGAUGGUGUUGACGAUUUCUUUGAGCAACUUUCGUUGGUGGUCAAUGUGAGGGUUAAACCAAGAGAGCUCGCUUAUUCGAGCGAGAGAUACAAGAUGGGAUUCACAUUUCAAAACCAUCACAAGUUUGAUGAACUUAUUUCCGGAGAUUUUGUGUUUUACUUACAUUUGAUGUAUGAAAUUUUACACCUCACGAACGUAUUGUCAAAGCAUCUUCAAAAAAAGGAUCAAGAUAUUUUAGAAGCGGCUUCUUUGGUUAGAGGGAUAAUGGACGCAUUGAAGUCUUUAAGAGACAUGGGGUUUGCUAAACUUGUAUCGAAGCACCCAAUUGCUAGAAUACAUGGGGGCUUUGACAAAACAAAGCUGUUAAAGUUGAGUGAGUUAUACACAAAAGAUUUUGAUGAUGUGGAGAUGAUGCAACUUGAUGGUGAACUUGAAAUAUAUUAUCACGCUUUGCAUAAAGAUGGUCGGUUCACUAGUUUGCAAGGAAUUUCCGACCUUUCUUGUUUGAUGGUGGAAACGGGGACACAUCGGUCUUAUCCUAUGGUUUAUAGGUUGUUGAAGUUGGUUUUGGUUUUACCCGUUGCAACCGCAAUGGUCGAAAGAUGUUUUUCAGCGAUGAAGUUUUUGAAGACGGAUUUACAUAACAAAAUAGGUGAUGAUUUUUUGAACGAUGUCAUGAUUUCUUAUGUUGAAAAAGAAGCACUUAUGAAAGUGAAGAUCGAAGAUGUAAUGGAUCGAUUUCAAAAAUGUGUACCCAUAGAUGUCAAAUUUAGAUAUUAA